AUGAGGCUGGCAUGGCUCGUCCAGAACACCAUUGGUGGCCUGCGCCCACUUCAAGGCGCGGCGGCCCGCGUGGUGCAGAGUGCCGUGGGCGCGACAGGAGGGUUGGGCCUGCAGCGUGGGGAUCUGUUGGCGCUGGUCGGCGGCCAGAGCCCAGUUCUGGUGCUGCCUGGCGCCAUUUCCCAAGAGGUCUGCCGAGAAGCCAGCGACCGGCUUCUGGAGCAGUCCGCUUCCGCAGCAGCUUCAGGAGGCUCCCAAGCCCGGCGCUUUGCGGAGUGGCGAUUGGGCCGCGAUCCGGAUGCACCAGCUUCGGACUACACAAAGCUGGGGUACACAAAGACUGACGUUCUCAUUCAAGAAGGCUUCCGCAUGACGGCAGCGACAGCUGCCCCAGAAUCCUAUCUGCAGCGCGCAGAGGAGACAACGCGGACCUUGUUGCAGGCCUUUCCUCCAGGCCAAUUCCCCUUGGACCUGAUCAGGGCAGAGCUCGAUGCACUGCCUGGGGUCAGCUGCCAGCUGGAGCGCUGCCCCAGCUCAGGGCGCGCCUUUCUGCCCUGCGUCGUGCGGCAAAUGGUGCCAGGUGGCCGGCGCCGCGAAGGCAAUGUGCACAUGGACAGCGUCAGACCUGGAAGCACUCUUUCGGUCAAUGUGUACUUGCGAGUCCCUGAGGAGACCUCGGGUGGAGAGUUGCUUUUGCAUCCGGUCCAGAAGGAUGCUCUCCAAAGAUAUCUGAAUGCGCACUUCUUCGAGACGAUUGACUUGCAGAACUUCUACCCAGACAAGAAGUUCUAUACGAAGGAGAUGCUCGACGGCAUCCCACCGAUAGUUUACAGUCCUCGUGCCGGCGACGUGGUUUUCAUCGACUCUUGGGAUGGAUGUAUUGCCCUUCUCACCUAA